CGUGCGGCCAAACGCAAUAUCGCGACCUACGGAACGGCGCAUCUGUGUGCUUUACGGGGGCCGGCCUCAUCGUCGCCGUCGCCCUUCACUUCUUCCUCCCCCGGAACAUAACGACCCAAGCUAAGUGUUGACGAGGAUGCUGAGCACUCGGCCCCCGUCGUCGCAGGUCAUGGCGCCGCAGUCGACCGACACUGAUUUCCGCAAGAACGACAGAAGACAAGAUUAUGGUCUAAAAGUAUGGCACAAGAUGAAAUACACGGACGUUAAGCAGGCCAAAGCGCGCGCCGCGGACAACACCACCGCUUCUCUGAUCCCCACUGAACAUGCCCAGGGGUGUAAGAUGUGUUUUUGUGUCGGGUUUCCUUGCCCGUACUGUGUUUAUUUAUGCGAGGGGGAAAAAGACAACCUUGUUUUGUGCCAUUGCCUCUUCGGCGUGCCGUUACCACCUUGUGUGGUUCCUUGUUUUACUUUGACCUGGGCGGGCUUGGAUUCGUGGCACACAUUUGGUGAGGGGGGUGAUGAGGUCAACAUGAUGUAUGUAUUGGUGGACAAAAAAGCAGGAGUCAUUAAUUCCUACCCGCAAGACCAAAAAUGUGACCGCCGGUGGUGUGGUGAUGAGGAGAAAGCGUGCUGCACCCUCGUACCUUUCACUAGUCUCACCACGAAGGUAGAUGGCAUUGGUUCUUUUCCAGCGCCUCAAUCCUAGCUUCAAGCGCUUGUAAUUCAUCAUUCCUUGACCCCUUAA